GCCCUGCAGGCUAGAAACGAUCCGGGUAGAGUGUGUGUUUUGGCUCGCCGGCUGUUAGGUUGUCGCCGAGCAGGACAUACUGCAACCUGUCAAAUCUCGGGUCGUAUUUCGUUGAGUCGAAAGUGAAAUUUUCCUUCGGCCGACGUGACAGAGAGGGGAAGAGAAGGAGAAAGAGAGAGGAACAUCAGUGUGUGGUUGCCCCUCAACGUUCUCCUAACUGGGCACCUGGCUAGCAACCCAGCAUUUGACAUUGUGCAGCAAAGAAAUGGUUAUGGAGAAGCCCAGUCCGCUGCUUGUAGGGCGGGAGUUUGUGAGGCAAUAUUAUACUUUGCUGAAUAAAGCUCCAGAAUAUUUACACAGGUUUUAUGGAAGGAAUUCUUCCUAUGUUCAUGGUGGAGUAGAUGCUAGUGGAAAGCCCCAGGAGGCUGUUUAUGGCCAAAAUGAUAUACACCACAAAGUAUUAUCUCUGAACUUCAGUGAAUGUCAUACCAAAAUUCGUCAUGUGGAUGCUCAUGCAACCUUAAGUGAUGGAGUAGUUGUCCAGGUCAUGGGUUUGCUGUCCAACAGUGGACAACCAGAGAGGAAGUUUAUGCAAACCUUUGUUCUGGCUCCCGAAGGAUCUGUUCCAAAUAAGUUUUACGUUCACAAUGACAUGUUUCGUUAUGAGGAUGAAGUAUUUGGUGAUUCUGAACCAGAACUUGAUGAAGAAUCAGAAGAUGAAGUAGAAGAGGAACAAGAAGAAAGGCAGCCAUCUCCAGAACCUGUACAAGAAAACACUAAUAGUGGAUACUAUGAAGCUCACCCUGUGACUAAUGGCAUAGAGGAGCCUUUGGAAGAAUCCUCUCAUGAACCCGAACCUGAACCAGAAUCUGAAACUAAGACUGAGGAGCUGAAACCACCUGUGGAAGAGAAGAACUUAGAAGAAUUAGAGGAGAAGUCUACUUCUCCUCCUCCUGCUGAACCUGUUUCUCUGCCACAAGAACCACCAAAGGCUUUCUCCUGGGCUUCAGUGACCAGUAAAAACCUGCCUCCUAGUGGUACUGUUUCUUCCUCUGGAAUUCCACCCCAUGUUAAAGCACCAGUCUCACAGCCUAGAGUUGAAGCUAAACCAGAAGUUCAGUCUCAGCCACCUCGUGUACGUGAACAGCGACCUAGAGAACGACCUGGUUUCCCUCCUAGAGGACCCAGACCAGGCAGAGGAGAUAUUGAACAGAAUGAAUCUGACAACCGUAGAAUAAUUCGCUAUCCAGAUAGUCAUCAACUUUUUGUUGGUAACUUGCCACAUGAUAUUGAUGAAAAUGAACUGAAAGAGUUCUUCAUGAGUUUUGGAAACGUUGUGGAACUUCGCAUCAAUACCAAGGGUGUUGGGGGAAAGCUUCCAAAUUUUGGUUUUGUGGUUUUUGAUGACUCUGAACCAGUUCAGAGAAUCUUAAUUGCAAAACCAAUUAUGUUUCGAGGGGAAGUGCGUUUAAAUGUGGAAGAGAAAAAAACAAGAGCUGCAAGAGAGCGAGAAACUAGAGGUGGUGGUGAUGAUCGCAGGGAUAUCAGGCGCAAUGAUCGAGGUCCUGGUGGUCCACGUGGAAUAGUAGGUGGCGGAAUGAUGCGUGACCGAGAUGGAAGAGGACCUCCUCCAAGAGGUGGCAUGGCACAAAAACUUGGCUCUGGAAGAGGAACCGGGCAGAUGGAAGGCCGCUUCACAGGACAGCGUCGCUGAACCCCACUGUUCACAAAGUCUUGGCAGUGGUACAUUACUCAUCGUGUUUGCAUUCUUGUUAAAUUUUUUUUUGGCUUUGGAAUGUGACACAGCCUUUUUGAUCAUUUCUUUGAUGUGAAAAGCAUCUUUUGGUUAUGAGUUAAAUUGAGGUGGACAUUAUUUCCCCAAUUUUACACCAGGAUUCACAUUGUUAAUUUAUAAAUCUAGACUUGGAGAAUUAAGGACUGAGGAAUGACCAUAUCUUAAACUAUCUUCAUCAAAAUGAACUUUUUAAAAGGACAUGCCCAACUGAAUUCAGGUCCUUUGAGUCAAAAAAAAAAAUCUUCUGCUGCACAUUUUGUUUAAGUGUUACUGUUUCUGCUUAUUAAUGUUGGAAACACAAAUAGUGCAAUUGGAGAAUCUUGCCUUUUUUUCUUGGCUCCCCCCAAAAUAACAGAAACUUGUUAUGCACUCAUCAAAAUGCACUAAUGGGUACUCUGAACUCAUUACCAUUGACAUCGGCAACAGGGGGAAAAAUCUUUCAUCCUUUUUUCCAGUACAGAAUAAUUUGUGAGUGAUGAGGGCAUUUUAUCUGCUUGCUGUGACCAGCGUCUGUACACAUAAACCUUAACGAGACUACAAGUAUAUUCCCAAGGAAAUAAUUUAGUUUGAACUAAAUAACAAAAAUCAGAACUUCAAAUGCUGUGGUCUUGAAUAGUAGACCAGAUUUAGUAGCUCCAUAUCUAAGAUUUUUCUACCUGCCCCUCUUCAGUACAGGGAUGGCUGGCUGCUCAACACACUCCUCCUCCCCUUUUUCCUUUCUUUAAGCUGUGUACAGUGAAAAUUGUCUUUACUGUAUUUUUGUUCUCUGGUAAUGUAAUAAGCAUGAUGGUGCCUUCUAUUAAUAAAUCAUUCCAGUCUUGCUGGUAAUUUUGUACAGUAUAGUGUAUGAAUUGCUGUGCUGCAAAGCCAAACAGCUGCAAAAUGUUGAAAAAUCAUUGAAGUGUAUAAAAAUUGCAGUAUCUUUAAAAUUAGUAAAAUUGAGUAGCAUAUGAUUUACUUGGUUCGUUAGUUAACCGCUUUAUGUUUUCUGUGGGAGGGAGUCUGUGUUUGGGAGGGAGAGGCAAGGAGGAAGUCAGGUAUUUGAGUGAGUCUCUCUGUUGACUUUUCUCUUAGCAUGAAUGUGAACGCUGAAGUUAUCAAUUGAGAGGUGCUUGGAAAAGUCAGUCAACUUUGAUGUACAUUUUUAGUGACAUUUUAAAAGCAGUCAGAUUUCAUAAAUGGCAAGUAAACCUGAAGUGAGGAUACUGCAAUUUUCAGAGAAAAGAACAGCAGCUCUUUAAGUGUUCACAUUUUCUAUUUGGGGGCAGGGAACUGUCAUUCAUUUUGCACAAUUCUUGAACUGAUGUCAGCACCCGAGUGGCUCUGAAUUUAAGUCUGGGACGACAUCUUUUAUUUUUACAUGAAUCUCUAAACAAUUCUGUGAGCAGAGUUUGUAGCUGCUGGAUUAUUGUCUGUCUUUAUAGCAAGUUCUGGUAAACCACAAGUAUGGCAAAGGAUAUUCAAUGUUGUGCUUGAAAUAUUUGGUACAAACCAGUUUCUGAUGUUUCAAGCUAGGAGUGGGGUAAAUAAGUGUGACCACUUAAAGCUGCUUGUUAACAUGGAAGACUUCUCCAUUCUGUCUUGGUAAAAACAAAAAUGCACUUGACAUAGUAGAGCAAACUGGUUUUGAAUUGUGAAAACUGUUUGCUAUUUAGUAAACUAGCAAAUGAUGCGCAUACUUUGUCUUUCAUGUACUGGGCAAUAUAGGUGAAAUUAAAUCUCCCUUUUUUUCCUUUGAAUGAGGUCUUCCAUGUUUGAGGAAAAGUCUUGCACUAUUGCAUAUAUUUGGGGGACACAUAUCUAAGAGUUUCCAUUUGAGGGGGCUUAAUUAAGGAUUUUUCUUUUUCCUGUUUAAGACACUUUUUUACACUUUCUGAUGUAUAGUACUUGAAGUUCUUAGUAGAAAAUUAAUUUUGAGUUUUGAAGCCUUUAUUCAAACUACUUCUAAAUGAGUGGUUUAUUGUUAGUGUUUUUUAUAGUAUAUUUUUCCUUUACUCUUAUUUCUUCACAUUAUAUAUAUAUAUAUAUGUAUGUAUGUAUAUAUAUAUAAUUUCAAAUCCAGGAUAUUGCCCUGCCGCUCAUGAAAACUGUUCUGACACCAAAAGUAAUGGCAGAUGUUAAGUGUAAUAGAAAAAUAGAGCAAAGAGCCAUUCAGCUUCAGUCUUUACGUACCAUGAAUACAUUAAAACAUCACAUGGAGAAGUUUACAUGGUGAUUGUUCACCCUGCCGUACUGUGGACCUUUAACAUUUUGUCCUCUUUUCAGUGAACCAGAGUAAAAAUAUUCAUCUACCCUUACUGUUUUUGCUGGGUUUUUGGUUGUUGUUAUUGUUGUUUUGUUUUUGUGUUUUUGUUUUUAUUUGUUGUUUUGUUUGGUUUUUUUUUUUUUUUUUUUUGAUGGUAAUAUUCUAUCCUUAUGACACUAUUGCAACCAAAUUGGCUUUACCAUCUUGGCUUUAGUAGGUAUAGGAGACAACGGAUUACCAUCUUUAUUGCUGUAAUGUGUUAAGCAUUAUAUGCUAGUAGAAUCUAGUUUAAUUGUUUCAGGUGGAAAGUAUUUUUUCAGUUUCCAUUUUGAAUGUGUUUGGACUAAACAAACAAUAAACUACUGAUGUCUGCA